AUGCCUUCCGCGACUAUUAACUCGAUCGAGAGGCAUCUGCCUGCGAAGCACAAUCCUCUCUUGCUCGAGAAUGUGCCUUCUUACAACGACCUGGUCUCCCGUCGCCGCCUCGGCCAGACUCAGUUGACGGCCAAGAUGGUCAACCUUCCCGAUAACGACGGCGCCACCCUUGGUGUCUUCGACUAUGCCCAUCUCCGCGCGCCCCUGCCCAAGGGUAUCGUUUCUGGUAUCUUCAAGUCGAGCCCCAACAGCUAUUUCCUUAUGCGCCGCAGCCAUGACGGCUUCGUUUCUGCCACCGGCAUGUUCAAGGCCACCUUCCCCUACGCCGAGGCUUCCGAGGAGGAGAUGGAGCGCAAGUACAUCAAGUCCCUUCCGACCACCAGCCCCGAGGAGACGGCUGGAAACGUCUGGAUUCCUCCUGACCAUGCCCUGGCCCUCGCCGAGGAAUACAAAAUCUCCCCUUGGAUUCGCGCGCUGCUCGAUCCUGCCAACAUCUCAGUAUCCAACAACCCCGACAGCCCGCCAAAGAAGAUUACCGCGCCGCCCAAGUUCGAGUUUGUCAAGGCGACCCCUCAACUGGCACCUCCUGCCACCCCCACUCAGUUGCGCAGAUCCCGCCGUUCUGCCAGCCCCACGAAGACGAUUAUCCCCAGGCCUGUUAGAUCUCCUAGGAAGCGCAGGACCAAGGCUGACUCUGUCGAGCCUCGGGAGGCUACGCCUACCCUCACUGCCACCAAGGUCGAGAUCAACGGUAUCAUCAGCGAGGAGAAGGAUGCUGAGAAGGAGGUCGACACCGCUGUCAAGACUGUCGAGACAGAACCUGCCGUUGUGCUUGAGCCGAGGGAAGAAGAGCCCAAGGCCAAGGUCAUUGUUGACCAAGACGUCAAGACUGACGAGGAUGGAAACGAGAUCAAGCACACUGCCGUAUCCCUUGAGCUUCCUCUGAUGAGCUCUCAACCCCCGACAGCAGAGGAGACAGCGCGCAUGAUUGCGGAGGCCAAGCAGAUGGUCGAGGCAGCCUCAAACCAGACAGAAACCGCCAGCCCCAAGCCCAAGGGCAAGAGGACGGCCGAGCAAAUCUCAACAGGAGACGACGAGGACGAGAAGAAGGAAGGUGACGCCGACGCGGCGGAGGAGCCUCGCUCAAAGAAGGCCAAGACCCAAGAGACUCAGGUCCAGAUCAAGAAGCAGGGCAUGCGCAAGCGCGCCCUGUUCGGCUUGAGUGCACUAUCAGUAGCCGUUGGGUAUGUUGCAAUCUUGCAGUAG